AUGGAAGAGCUGAAAGGGUUUGCCAUGGAAGCUUUAGAAGAGGUGGCCCAGUUCAUGCCAAGCGCCCACCAGCCUGGCAUGGCCAGCCCCCGAUUCUCCAUCGCCCACUGCCUCCCUCAAAAUCCCAUGCUGGGGUGCUACCCGGGUGCCUUCCCCGGUCCUGCCGACCUGCCCGCCUACCCUCAGGAGAACUUCAGGAACGGGGUGACCCACGGGGAGUGGUACGCCACUGGGACGCUGGAAGGACCCUACCCAUCGAUCUCCAGGUAUGUGGGGCCGCUGGGCUUCAGCAUGCCCGGAGCCGACUGCCUUGGCUACCUCGGCGAUGUGGCGAAGUCUUCCCCGUUCCUGGUGGCGAACCCCUCCAAACGGAAGCGGCGGGUCCUGUUCUCCCGGGCCCAGGUACACGAGCUAGAGAAGAGGUUCGAGCUGCAGAAAUACCUGACGGCCUUUGAGCGGGAACGCCUAGCCAGCAUCACCUGCCUCACCCCGAACCAGGUGAAGAUCUGGUUCCAGAACCACCGCUACAAGAUGAAGAAGCAGGCCAAACAGGACUCCAAGGUCGCUACAGGCCAGGACAUUCACCAGCUCUGCGACAGCAGCGCGCCCGUUCCGCAAGAAGCUUACGGCUUUGCCGGCUCCCAGGUGGAGGAGAAGUCUUUGCCGGUAGCUACCUGCCAUCUGCCGGGACUCAUGCAGAGUGGCCUCGUCAGCCAGAGUUUCUCUCUGAGCCCCACUUCCAGCCUUGACUCGCAGCCUGGCAUAAAAGCUGCUGGAAGCAGUCUGGUGUUUGGCAAGCCCUGGUAGGCCC